AUAGAAGUGAUGAUAUUACGAGGCGAUAGUCUUAUCAACGGUGGCGAGGCGCGCAUUCUGUUAGAUCCGCUGCUCAUCAUCAUUCAUUAUCCGGCACGUCCGAGCAGCAGUGGACUGGCGGAUUUUGUUCACCAAGUUCAAAAAAACACUCAGUAAACUAAAAAACUCAGUGAACACCAGUUUAUAUUAAAUUAAAAAAUACAAAGUUCCAAACUAAAACUUUAAUUGUGUAAUGCGUUGCCAUUGGAGAGCAUUGUGAUCUAGGAAGUCAAACUUAUACUAAGUUUAAAAUGAUUAAGACUACCGCAAUAAUUUAUUUGUUAUUACUGAGUACUACAGCUCAGCUAUACGCGCAACGUGAGAAAUGUUCCUAUGGAGAACGAGGAUCUUUGACUGCAACCUGUGAGAAUGCUUCGAUUCGAUUCUUUAAAAUCACCAGCUAUCGGUUUGAUAUGCUCGAUGAGACUUUACGAUGCAUCAAUUGUAAUCUCGAAGUGAUCGAGCCGAACAGUUUCGACAUAUCAGGAAAUCAAAUCCAGACGCUUGACAUCCGUAAGUGUAACAUCAAAACACUUAAACCAUCCGCAUUUACUGGAUUAGUCUUCAUGAAGAAUCUGUAUAUGCAAAACAAUCAAAUAGGAGAACUCUCUGCGGGGAUCUUCAAGUCAAUCAAAAAAGUACGCAAGUUGGACAUCGGAUAUAAUAAUAUUAAAACAAUCUCAGCGCAGGCAUUCAAAGAAAUUGCGAAUUUAACUAGUCUGAAUUUAGAAUACAAUGACAUUGAGUCCAUUGAUCCAUUGGCUUUGACUGGAUUAGACGUUUUGGUCAAUUUGAAUUUGGAAAGCAACUUGUUGAGUCACGCUGGCAACUUCAGCAAUCUACCAAAAUUAAGCGUUUUGAAUUUGGCCAGCAAUAAAAUCAGUGUACUCAAAAUGGGUGAUUUUGUUAACAUGACUGAGUUGGUCAGUUUGAAUAUGAGUAACAAUUUAAUUUCUGAGAUUACACAAGGAACGUUUCACACUCUGAAGAAUCUUUUGACUUUGGAUCUUACUAACAAUCGUAUUGGUAAUCUGGAACCAUUUGCAUUUGAAAAACUGUUGAAUUUGGAAGUGUUGAUGAUGGGACACAAUGAAAUUAGCACUUUAAGACGUUUUGCUUUCUCAGAUAUGCCAAAUCUUCGCGAGUUGCAUUUAAACAAUAAUAAAUUACGAGUGUUUCAGACUGGAAUGUUUACUGGGAUGCCUAACUUAGGUUUCCUCAAUGUGUCAAGCAAUCAAUUACUCGCAUUCUUUGGUAGUGGUAAUAUGGGGUUAGCUAACCUUCAUACUUUUGACUUAUCACACAAUAACUUGACUGAUUUGGAUUAUAAAGUUGUGUUUCACCAUAUGCCUUAUUUGGUUUACCUUAAACUGGACCACAACCCAUGGGCAUGUUACCUAGUAGCUGAAAUUGAUGAAUACACUAAAAAUGACAAUGUUAAAUUGACCGCUGAAGGUGUAUUGACAAACACAUCAUGCGUAGAAUUAAGAAAACGAGAUGUGGAAGCGAUUGUGUCACACGAAGAAGACGUUUAUGGUAUUUCUGAUCAUGGAUAUGCGAGCGGAAAAGUUGUUUACACAUUAAUGACAUUGAUGUUGUUGGUGAUUUGUGCGAUGUGUUAUAUGAUAUACAGACUCAAUACUCAAUUGGCACAAAGUGGAAAUUCAUUCCGUACUACGUCACAUGCGAAUCUCAUGUCCAACGACAUUUUAUCCGAUGAACAUUGAAUCAUGAAAUCAUCAUUGUGAAAGUUUACAAAAUGAUUAAUUCGAAUAUUGAAUAAUUCUGUACUUUUAAGUUUUAUAAAUGAUUUACGAAUU